AUGGAAGGUGGCUUUGGCGGCAUGGGAGGUGGCUUUGACGGCAUGGGAGGUGCUUUUGGCGGCAACAUGAUGGGUGGCUUGGGAGGUGGCUAUGGCGGCAACAUGAGUGGCGUUGGAGGUGGAUAUGGCGGCAACAUGGGACGCAAUGAAGAUGCUUCCGGUGGUGCUCACGGCAACGAGAGUUCACCACUUGUUGAGAACGUCGACAAAGACGGUGGUGGAGAUGAUGAUCCCAACUCCCAUCCACAUCUAGCCACGCUCGCUCCCACGUCGCGCGAGCCGCCGGUCUGGGCCAGCGCGCCGCUGGUCUGGGUAGGGGCGACGCCGGCGCAAGAGGCGGCGUACCUCGAGCACUGGCGCCACAUCCGGCUGGCCGAGGAGCGCCGCGACGGCGAGUACCUCGAGAUGCUCGAGCACGACGCCGAGGCCGAGGAGGUGGCGCGCCAGGCCGCGGCGGCGCAGGAGGCCGCACAGCCCGCGCCGUUGCCUGCACAGCCGGCGCCCGACAUGAACGCCCUCUGGAACUCGGCGUUCUCCUGGGCCGACCCUGCGCCGACACUCAUCGACCUCACCGACCCCAAGGAUGACGACGACGCCUAG